AUCUUUAUAAAUAAUAAAUAAAAUUAUGGAAGAAUAACGCAAGAGAUUAAACUCUUCAAUGACUUAUGAAGAAUAUGUUAGCACCUUUGAUAAGGCACCAAAAAAACCUUGUUUGAAGCCAAAAUAAGAACCAGAUGUUGGAAUGGAGGAUCUAGAUUUGCUUAGUGAUGCCUAAACUGAUAUACCUCAAAUCAAAAAUAAAAUAUACUGCGACCCUAAUACUGUUAUUUAAGAAGUUGAGGAAGAUGGCAAAACACCUGUAGUUUGGGUAGAUUAAUAACUUACUCCGAGCCCAAUGAAAAAGGCAAGGUAAAGAACAUAAAGCGAGAAUAUAUAAUUUACUUUUAUAAGUUUUGUUGAAAGAGGAAUUGAGAGAAAGGGAUCACGAAAGUUUGAAUGAAUAAAUUUUGUGCUUAAAUAUUUUUAUUAUUUAUGAAUAGUCCUUUUUAGGACAGA